GUGACGUCACAGAGGCUAUCGGUAGUGAAGCAGGGCGGCUACUUUCUGCUGCUUUUCCUCACUUUAACUAAAAUACACUCGUUUUUUAUCUGGAAACGUUUGUUUGGACGACAUUUCAUCGAGUAGGACGAACAGCUGCGUGUUGUUUCCGCUCCGAGUCGGGAUUUCGCCGUCUGAUCUCAUUAGCAACCACAGAAGAAGAAAAGGAAGAGGAGGAGGAGCUGGUAAAGCUGAUUCACUAUCACCAGUCAGCUGGACAUGAACUCUGCCCUACUGCUGUAGACUGAGAGACAGGAGGACAGACAGGAAUCGAGUCCAGAUGGGAAACAGCGCGCUGAAGUCUCACCUGGAAACCUCCCAGAAGACGGGAGUGUUUCAGCUGAUGGGAAAAGGCCUGCCGGAGUUUCCAGAGGAGCUCCAGAGACUCACUGCCAACCUGAGGACGGUCGAUCUGUCCGGGAACAAGAUCGAGGUUCUUCCCGCCGCCGUCGGGAACUUCCUGCAGCUGAAGAGUCUGACGAUGAACUCCAACAAACUGACCACAAUCCCCGCCGAGAUCGGGAAGCUGAAGAAGCUGGAGACUCUGAGUCUGAACGGGAACCGGAUCCAGCAGCUGCCCCCCACACUGGGCCAGCUCAAAGCCCUGCGGACCCUCAGCCUGGCCGGGAACCAGAUCUCAGAGUUCCCCUCCGGACUGGGAACCCUGAGGCAGCUGGACCUGCUGGACCUGUCCCGGAACCAGAUCCACAUCAUCCCUGCAGAGGUGUCCGAGUUGCAGGCCAUCGAGAUCAACCUCAACCAGAACCAGAUCUCGGUGCUGUCGGCGGAGAUCUCUCGGUGUCCCCGUCUGAAGGUUCUCCGUCUGGAGGAGAACUGUCUGGAACUGUCCUCCAUCCCCAAGUCCAUCCUGACUGAGUCCCAGGUGUCUCUGUUCUCCCUGGAGGGAAACCUGUUCGAGGUGAAGAACCUCCGAGAACUGGACGGAUACGACAAGUACAUGGAGCGAUUCACGGCCACCAAGAAGAAGUUUGCCUGAAGACCCCCCAUGACGAGGCUGGACCUGGGAGUCCACCUGGAGGCGGAGUCACAUGAAGCCCUGCCCCCCGCACCACUCACAGCUGCUUCUUCUUCUGCUUCUAAAACCAGACUCCAGACCGCUGGGACAGUCUUCCACAAAGACCUGAACCUGCAGAGACCACAUGGGUCCACAUGGAGACAGGCAGAGACUCGGACAGAUUCAGCACCACAGAAGAAGAAGGAGAUUUCACGAAAACUUUAUCGUUCACUCUGUGGUGGACAGAAACAUUCAGCUCUCACAGCAGCUUCCAUCCAGCAGAAAUGUUGCCGGACUGGACUGUUUGUACACAGAAAUACUGCAAAAUACUCCAGAAAACACACAAAAUACAACAGAAAUCAAAGAAAAUACUGCAAAAAUAGUAUUGAAAUACAACAAAAUAACAGAAAUAAAACAGAAUAUUGCCAAAUACAACAGGGUCUGACCUUUCAGAUAAUACUGCAAAAAUAUGACAGACAUAAAACAAAAAUACACAGAUAUAAAAUAGAAAACUGCAAAAUACUACAGAAAUCAAAGAAUGUACUUGCAUAAUACAAAAUGUUUGUGAUAUUUCAAAAUACUUCAGAAAUAUUAAAGAAUGCUGCAAAGAACGCUUCAAAAUACCACAGAAAUUUAAUAAAAAUCCUCAAUAUUUAACAUAAGGGUAAAAUCUGAUUAGAGGACUUGUUUUAAAGAUGAUUUCUGAUUAAGAUUAAUCUGUUGAUUUUUGUUCUGUGAUUCCGUCUUCCAGCCCCUCUCUGAGCUUUUAUUCAGCUCUGCAGUAGAAUAAUCCGUUAAUGUGUCUUAUAUUAAAUAUUUCGAUGUUAUUUAUCAUUUUUCAAGCUGCAUGAGAGUCGGACAGCAGCAUGAGGGCUGUAGAUUCAUCCUCUGCUUCUCCAGGCUGGUUACUGAUCUUUGAUUAUUAUUAACUGUCAGAUUCUGAACGGUUUUAAUCUGCUGGAUGCAGGAAAAUAACAGAAACAGAAUUUAUUCAUAAACGUUCAUCUAACAGUAGCUCUGCUAAGCUAGGCUAGGUAGCAUGUAGCAGCUAGCUUUGCUGCUGUGUUUUAAUCUGUUCUGAUUUCAGAUUCUGUUUUAUUUAUGUGAAUAAACUCUUCAGGACAAAGUGGCUAAAUUAGCUGUAGCUAAGCUAACAACUAGCCUAGGUGCUACGUAGCACCAUUUACUGCUGUUGAGACAUUUUGCUGCAGUUUGUUUAUUUGAAGAUUAUUUUCUCAGUAUUUCUUUCUUUCGUCCUGUUCCUAACUGAGCGACUGUUCUAUACAAACUGAUUUUUGUGAAUGAAGUCUGGUGGACAGAAGGAACCUCAGGUUGAUGGAAACUCGUCUGAAAUCUACUUUACUCCUCUUUAAACGGCGACUUCAACUACAAUGUAAUCAAAUAUUUAAAAAAUACUUCAGAAAUAUUACAGAAUGCUGCAAAGAAUGCUUCAAAAAAUACCACAGAAGUGCAAUAAAACUCUCAAAAUACCACAAAAAUUUGCCAGAAAUCAAACAAAAAUACAAUCUAAUAGUGUUUAAAUACAACGGCGGCUCUGCUAAACUAGGCUAGUUAGCAUUUAGCAGUUAGCUUUGUCUUCGGCUGUGUUUUAAUUUGCUGAUUCUGUCUUAUGUGAAUAAACUGUUCGGGACAAAGUUGCUAAAUAAGCUGUAGCUAAGCUAACAGUUAGCCUGGGUGCUAACGUAGCACCGAGCUAGCUGUAUCCAAGCUUAUUGCUAGCCCAGUGCUAACGUAGCACCGUUUACUGCUGUUGAAACAUUUUCCUGCAGUUUGUUUGUUUAUUUGAAGAUUAUUUUUUCAGUAUUUCAUUCUUUUCUUGACAAACUGAGUGACUUCUGUACAAAUGGAUCUUUUGUGGACUGAAGGAACCUCAGGUUGAUGGAAACUCAUCUGAAAUCUACUUUAUUCCUUUUUAAACGGCGACUUCAUGAGUUAUUGACAUGAAUUUAACACAUUUCCCUUCCUGCUGUUCAUCUUUGCGUAUUUUUCUUGUUUUGAACUGAAGUUUCUCAACAGUUUUUCUGCUUUUCUGCUUCUUCCGUCACUUUAAAUGCUGUAAAUGUUGCACAGAGUUCAGUUUCUACAUGAAGGAUCAGAACUUUAUCGUUUUUUCCGUUUUAUUAUUAGACACUAACCUGCAGAUUGAAAUGUUCACACGUGAAGCUUCGUCUUUAUUUCAUUCUCUUUAAAAGAACUUUAAUAUUCUGCUGAUGAGCUUUUUAUGAAGUUGUGACUAAAAAUGUUGUAAAUAUUUAAACAGCACAUUUUUCAUCCCAGCAACCUGAAUCAGCCACUGUUGGAUCCACGUUUUAUUAAAAUAAAUUAAAAUUAAAUAAUAAAAUGAAAUAAACACCUAA